GGAUGUGAAAACCUUGAUGUUUGUAAUGUGGAUGUCCAUUUUGAAGAAAUCCUUGAUAUGGGAGAAAUUGAAUCAAUAUCUCAGAUCAAACCCAAAGCACCAAAUAAGCAUGAAUAUGUACUCUUAGAAUUUCUUGAAGACAUUAUCGGAACAAAAUCCCUUGAAGAAGCAAAUGAAAAAGCUUGA